AUGGACGCGCUCCGCCAAGCCGUGCGCGACGCGGCGCUGCGGCUGCCGAAGCCCGCGGGCGUGCCGCUGUCGUACGGCACGGCGGGCUUCCGCCACGACGCGGCGCUCCUCGACUCCACGGUGCAGCGCUGCGCGCUGCUGGCGGCGCUGCGAUCGCUGCAGCAGGGCGGGCGUGCGACGGGCGUGAUGGUAACGGCGUCGCACAACCCUGCGAAAGACAACGGCGUGAAGAUCGCCGACAGAAACGGCGGCAUGCUGGCCGUCGCGUGGGAAGCACACGCCACGCGGCUCGCGAAUGCGGCGACUGCCGAUGACUUGGUGCAGUCGGUAGCAGGCUGGGCCAACAAGUGGGUGUGGGAGGCGCGAGGCGGGCGUUGCAUGGAUGAGCUAGUGGGCGGCUGUGCGGAAGGGGAUGGCACAGAGCGUGCAUGCAGUGGAGGCGAUAGUGCAGGAGGAGGGAGUGGCAGUGGGCGACGCUACAAGGGGGCGAGUGGUACUGGCGAGGGACACGCGGGAGAGCGGUCUCAGGCUGCUGGACGCUGCACUGCAGCCCCUCACCCCUGCCACUGCGCUCCUCGCCUCUGCUCUCCGCUCCUUUCAGCCAUCGCCGUCACUUUCCGCCCCCUCCCUGCCUUCCUGCCUGACUCUUGGCCCCCGCACUCUGCACGUGACCUCCUGGCUGCCCUACUCGCCUCUCCACUCAUUCGCAUAUCGCUCUGCUCAUCAUGCCAUCUCUCUCUCCCUUUUCUCCCUUCCUCCCCUCCUCCCUUCCCUAUGUCUCCCCCCCAUUGUCUUCCCCCCCAGGGCGUGGCGUUGGUACCAGGAGUGACCCCAACGUCAUGCGCACUGCUAGCAACGCCACAGCUGCACUGGCUCGUGUGGGCGGCCAACCGCCAGCCCCCCGCCUCGCCCCUGCUCCCCUCCGAGGACCUCUACUUCUCCACCCUCGCCUCCGCCUUCAAAGCCCUGCUUCCCGCAUCCUCCCCUUCCCCUUCCCCCUCCCCCUCCCCUGCGGCUUCCCCCGCGCCUGCCCCUUCCCCCACGCCCUUCCCCUGUCCGCCGCUGCUGGUAGACGCGGCCAACGGGGUGGGAGCGCCGAAGCUGCAGCGGCUGGUGGAGGAGGUGCGGGGGAGGGCGGGUGUGGCGCUGGCAGUGGCCGUGCGCAACACAGGGGGCGAGGGCGAGGGGGGCUUGGGAGGGGGGUAG